UCUAACCACACCUACCUAGCAAACGUGUCGUCGAAUGUAACCACAACGAAACUGGAUUUUCAUACUCAAUUCUGAACGCUCACCGCAUGGCCAGUAAUUUAGAAAAGGUUUAGUCAUAUGGAUAACUUAUCUGUUCAUAGUUUUUCGGGAAUAAAACGAUAGGUAUUUGAGAUGAGCGAUACGGAAGGAGAAGGCGGCGGCGAAAUGUCAAAGACCGAGAAAGAUCAGAGCUGGAUACCCAAAAUUAUCAAGAAACGAGUGUGCACAACUUUCGUAGAGGAUUCUUUCAGUAAUGGCAGGCUGUGUCAGUGUGGGGGUACGCGGGACACCCAUGAGUCAGUGGCUCUGGGGGACUAUUUCAGCACAGCCAUCGUCAGCCACUGGGACAGCUCCCAGCAUUCCUCAGAGUACCCCACCGACGCCUUCGGAGAGCUGGAGUUCGCCGGUGCCAGCAAGAGACACAGCAAAUUCCUGCGUCUCUCGUGGGACACCCCUCCUUCCAUCGUCUACACCCUGAUGAUGGCCCACUGGGGGCUACCUCCACCCAACCUGGUGGUGUCAGUGGUGAGCGGGGAGGGGAGAGCAAAGGUCAAGACGUGGGUACGGGAGGUCCUGAGGCAGGGAUUGGUCAAAGCCUCCCAGAGCACAGGAGCGUGGAUACUGACUGGAGGCCUGCGUGAGGGUGUAGGGAGGUGUGUAGGGGAAGCGGUAAGGGACCAUGCCACCGCUGCCUCAUCUGUCUCCCUGAACAAGGUGGUGGCUCUGGGCAUCGCUCCCUGGGGCCUGGUCCACAACCGCCAGCAGCUUGUCAAUCCGCAGGGUAGCUUCCCUGCUAGGUACUACUUCCAGAACACGUCCCGUGACUCAUGUUGCCUGGACAACAACUACCAGGCCUUUCUUCUGGUGGAUGAUGGGAGUGUAGGCCGCAGAGGGGGCGAGGCAGGCUUCAGGGCCAGGCUGGAGGACUAUAUUUCCCAUCAGCGCACAGGCAUCUGGGGCAGUGGAAGCAUUGACAUCCCCGUCCUGUGCAUGCUGAUAUCAGGAGAGACAACCAUGCUGGAGCGGUUGGAUCUCUCUCUGAGGAACUCCAUGCCCUGGCUGGUGCUGGCGGGGUCGGGUGGUGUGGCCGACCUCGUCAGUGACGUCCUGGAGAGCCUAUCGUCUGCGCCCCCUGUCCUGUCCUCCACCGAGGGGGAGGGGGAGGCGGGACCUAGUGUGGACCUUAAAGACAGAGUGGCCGAGAGGGUUAGGAAGCACUUUCCGACCGAAACAGAGAUAGACAAACUGGUAGAACGGGUUCUGAGCAUCUACCUGAACAGGGAUCUGAUCACUGUCUACCACGGAGAGCAGGAGGGACCAGAUGACUUUGACACGGUCUUGCUCAAAGCCUUGGUUGGAGCGAGUAAGCAGCGUGUGUCAAGUGAAGCCAGCCCCUACACUGAGGAGCUGAAGCUGGCGGUUACCUGGAACAGAGUGGACAUCGCCAAGAGUGAGCUCUUCAAUGGAGACAUCCACUGGAGGUACCAGGACUUGGAGGACUCCAUGACGGACGCGUUGGUCAACGACAAGCCACAAUUCGUGCGCCUCUUCACCGAGAACGGACUCAACAUCCUGGACUACCUGACCUAUGGGCGGCUGGAGAGCCUCUACCGCUCGGUGGCCGACAGCUCUCUAGCCUACGUCCUGCUGCAGCGCCGCCUAGGGGAGCGCCAGGGUAUGACAGGCUCGCAGGCCAUGCUGCCGGAUGUCUCUCCCACCAAAGGGUCUGGUGGGCAGCCAGGGGGGCGGCGGCCUGCGAAUAAGUUCAGUUUAUUUGAGGUGUCGAGAGUCCUGGAGGACUUGAUGGGGGAUGUGUGUCAGCCAUUUUACCACUCACCACUGGAACUGGAGAACAUCUCAUCCCAGAGAAAGGCUCUCAGGCGUGUGAGUAAGCUGUUGCGGGGUGACUGUGUGUACCAGGACAGGCGCUGUCUCUUUCCCUGGGCUAGUCUCUUCGUCUGGGCUGUGCUGCAGAACCGCAACGACAUGGCUGUCUUCUUCUGGGAGAUGGCAGGCGAGUCGGUCCUCAGUGCUCUGAGCGGCUGUAAGAUCCUACGGGAGCUGUCCAAGCUGGAGAGCGAGACGGAGACCAAGCUGGCCAUGAAGGAGCUAGCGCAGAGGUUCGAGAACCUGGCUCACGAUGUAUUCAGUAAGUGUUACCAGAGCAGUGAGAGUCGCUCCUUCACCCUGCUGAUCAGGAAGUCUCCCGUAUGGGGAGGGACCACCUGUCUAAAGAUGGGCAUGGCCGCCGAUGCCCGCCUCUUCUUCAGCCACGAUGGAGUACAGUCUCUCCUGUCUCAGAUCUGGUGGGGGGAUAUGAAGAGGAGCACGGAGGUGUGGAAACUCCUCCUCACCUUCUUCUGUCCCGUUCUGAUGUACACCCAGCUCAUCUCCUUCAGGGAAUUGGAGGAGCCGGGGAAGCCUGAUGAGGUUGCACAGGGUAGAGACAAUGACAGCCUUUAUGGAGAAACAAUUUUCUCCUUCUCUGACAUCAAGCACAUUGAACAUCAUACACAGGGUCCUAAUAGUCCCAGAUAUCAUCUAAAAGGCACGCCCGACACCCCACCUAAACGGCCGUUUGUGGUAUCCCGAUGGCGGCAGUUUUGGUUCGCACCCGUCACUUCCUUUUUAGGCAACGUUCUGAUGUACUUCCUGUUCCUUCUGCUGUUUGCCUACGUGCUAUUGGUGGACUUUAAGCCGCCACCCCCGCGAGGCCCCGCUUUCGCCGAGUGUGUGUUGUACUUCUGGGUGUUCACCAUCGUCUGUGAGGAGAUCCGAGAGACGUUCUUAGUGGGCAGCAUGAUGUGGCGUCAGAGGAUGAGGAAGUACAUCCAGGACGUUUGGAACAAGUGUGACCUCACCGCCAUCAUACUCUUCAUAAUAGGCCUCACCUGCAGAAUGUUCCAGUGGUCCUAUGAGUUUGGCCGAGCAGUCCUGUGUGUGGACUACAUGGUCUUCACACUUCAUCUCAUCCACAUCUUCGCCAUUCACAAACAACUGGGGCCAAAGAUCAUCAUCGUCGGCAAGAUGAUGAAGGAUAUCUUCUUCUUCCUCUUCUUCCUGGGUGUGUGGCUUAUGGCAUAUGGGGUGGCCAAUCAAGCACUGCUGUACUCCUAUGACCCUCGCCCCGCCUGGAUCUUCCGGCGCGUGUUCUACAGACCGUACCUGCACAUAUUUGGACAGGUCCCAGUGGAGGAAAUAGAUGUGAGGAAGGAGUGGGACACGGAGUGCACUGACAAUGUGACGCUGAUCGAGGGAGGCGCGGAGCCCUGCAGGAGCCAUUAUGCUAACUGGCUCGUGAUUGUCUUACUGGUCAUCUACCUACUGGUCACCAACAUCCUGCUCAUCAACCUACUCAUCGCCAUGUUCAGUUACACAUUCUCCAAGGUGCAGGGCCAAAGCGACACCUACUGGAAGUUCCAGCGCUACAAUCUGAUUGUGGAGUACCACUCCCGGCCCUCCCUUGCUCCCCCCUUCAUUAUCCUCUCCCAUGUUCACCUAUUUAUCAAGAGAUACAUCCGCAAGGUACCCUCGGUCAAGAUCCUCCAUUUUGUAUUGGAGCUGACGGGGAAAGCAGCUAACAGGUUAAUGACAUGGGAGGCCAUUCAGAAGGAAAACUUCCUGACAGCCCAGAGCAAGAUCCAGAGAGGGAGCGACUCAGAGAGGCUCAAACGGAUGUCAGUCAAGGUGGACAGUGUGCUGAAACAGAUGGCUGAGACAAGGGAUCAUGAUCGCAGACUGAGGGCUCUGGAAUCGGAGUUGGAGUAUUGCUCCAGUGCACUCAGCUGGAUAGUGGAAGCACUCUCACAGAGCAACAUGGUCAAACCCACUCGACCACCGCCAACACUUAGAGAGCCAUUCCCUACCCCCUCCUCUUCCAUCUGAUCCUGUCUUUGUUUACAUGCCAAGCCAUUCAGGGUCACUGAAAGGAAAGUUGAAACGCUGUUUCUUUCCACUUCGGCUGCUUCUUUAUCAACAAGGGACCACUGCUGCCAAUUGUUUUUGUUGGCAUUUUAAAUUGUCUUUAUUCAUUAAGGUUGUGUAUUU